GCCGCCGCGCCUCGGCCGGGAAGCGAUGUAGGAGCCGCCAGGCCGUCCCCCGUCCUGCCCGGCCCGAGCCCCGCGGGCCGCUGCCGCCGCCGCCAUGAAGAAGCAGUUCAACCGCAUGAAGCAGCUGGCCAACCAGACCGUGGGCAGGGCCGAGAAAACAGAAGUCCUCAGUGAAGAUCUGUUACAGAUCGAGCGGCGCCUAGACACGGUGCGCUCCAUGUGUCACCAUUCCCACAAGCGUCUCAUGGCCUGCUUCCAGGGCCAGCAUGGCACCGACGCAGAGAGGAGACACAAAAAACUCCCUCUGACAGCUCUCGCUCAGAAUAUGCAGGAAGCAUCAACUCAGCUAGAAGACUCUCUCCUGGGGAAGAUGCUGGAGACGUGUGGAGAUGCUGAGAAUCAGCUGGCUCUGGAACUCUCUCAGCACGAAGUCUUUGUCGAGAAGGAGAUUGUGGACCCCCUGUAUGGCAUCGCAGAGGUCGAGAUUCCCAACAUCCAGAAGCAGAGAAAGCAACUUGCCAAACUGGUGUUAGACUGGGACUCAGUCAGAGCCAGGUGGAACCAGGCUCACAAAUCUUCAGGAACCAACUUUCAGGGGCUUCCAUCAAAAAUAGACACCCUAAAGGAAGAGAUGGAUGAAGCUGGAAAUAAAGUAGAACAGUGCAAGGAUCAACUUGCAGCAGACAUGUACAACUUUAUGGCCAAAGAAGGGGAGUACGGCAAAUUCUUUGUUACGUUAUUAGAAGCUCAAGCAGAUUACCAUAGAAAAGCAUUAGCAGUCUUAGAAAAGGCCCUUCCCGAGUUGCGAGCCCAUCAAGAUAAGUGGGCGGAGAAGCCCGCCUUUGGGACGCCUUUGGAAGAACACCUGAAGCGGAGCGGCCGCGAGAUCGCCCUGCCCAUCGAGGCCUGCGUGAUGCUGCUGCUGGAGACGGGCAUGAAGGAGGAGGGCCUUUUCCGAAUCGGGGCUGGGGCCUCCAAGUUAAAGAAACUGAAAGCUGCUCUAGACUGUUCUACUUCUCACCUGGAUGAGUUCUACUCCGACCCCCACGCUGUAGCAGGUGCUUUGAAGUCCUAUUUACGGGAGCUGCCUGAACCUUUGAUGACUUUUAAUCUGUAUGAAGAAUGGACACAAGUUGCCAGUGUACAGGAUCAAGACAAAAAACUUCAGGAUUUAUGGAGAACGUGUCAGAAGUUGCCACCACAAAAUUUUGUUAACUUUAGGUAUUUAAUCAAGUUCCUUGCGAAGCUUGCUCAGACCAGUGACAUUAAUAAAAUGACCCCCAGCAACAUUGCAAUCGUGUUAGGCCCUAACUUGUUAUGGGCCAAAAAUGAAGGAACGCUCGCUGAGAUGGCAGCUGCCACAUCCGUCCACGUGGUUGCAGUCAUCGAACCCAUCAUCCAGCACGCCAACUGGUUCUUCCCCGAAGAGGUGGAAUUUAACGUGUCAGAAGCGUUCGUACCUCUCACCACGCCAAAUUCCAAUCACUCAUCCCACACUGGAAAUGACCCUGUCGACUCGGGGACCCUGGAGAGGAAGCGGCCUGCCAGCAUGGCGGUGAUGGAGGGGGACCUGGUGAAGAAGGAGAGCUUUGGUGUGAAGCUUAUGGACUUCCAGGCCCACCGGCGGGGUGGCACCCUAAAUAGAAAGCAUGCAUCCCCUGCUUUCCAGCCGCCACUCCCGCCCACAGAUGGCAGCACCUUGGCUCCAGCGGGCCCAGAGCCCCCUCCCCAGAGCUCUAGGGCCGAGAGCAGCACAGGGGGUGGGACUGGCCCCUCCUCUGCGGGCAUUCUGGAGCAGGGGCCCAGCCCGGGCGACGGCAGUCCUCCAAAGCCCAAGGACUCUGUGGCUGCCCCCGCGCCCGGGAGGAACAGCAGUCAGGCGCCCCCCGGCCCAAGCCAGGCCCCGGCGGCCGCCGGCUCCCAUCAGCUCUCCGUGGGCCCUGCGCACAAUUCCGCCGGCCCGAGCCCGCACACUGUCCGCCGAGCUGUUAAAAAACCUGCUCCAGCACCCCCGAAACCAGGAAACCCGCCUCCCAGCCAUCCCGGGGGCCAGAGUUCUCCAGGAGCAUCUCAGCACCCACCCAGCCUGUCACCAAAGCCGUCCACCCGCAGCCCUUCUCCCCCCACCCAGCCCCCAGGCCAGGCCCCUGGCCAGCCCUGCGCCACCUCGCAGCUCUCGGCACCACGGAGGUACUCCAGCAGCCUGCCUCCGAUCCAAGCCCCCAGCCACCCGCCGCCGCAGCCCCCGACGCAGGCCGCACCGCCGGCGGCGCUCACCAAGCCGGGCAGCCAGGGCCCACCCGCGCCCGGGGCGCCCGGCGAGCCUGGACUCGAGCAGUCGUCCCACACCCCUCCCCAGACUCCGACGCCCCCCAGCACUCCGCCCCUCGGCAAACAGAACCCCGGCCAGGCGGUGAGUAACCCCGAGACCGCACAGCCACACGCUGGAACCUUACCGAGACCGAGACCAGUACCAAAGCCAAGGAACCGGCCCAACGUGCCCCCGCCCCCUCAUCCUCCCGGCGCGCACCCGGCCGGGGACGGCAACCUCAGCAUCGCAGCUCCCACCGCCUCCAAAGUAGUCACAGACGCCAAUUCUAGGGUUUCAGAACCGCUUCGCAGCAUCUUUCCUGAAAUGCAUUCAGACUCAGCCAGCAAAGACGUGCCUGGCCGCAUUCUGCUGGAUAUGGACAAUGAUACAGAAAGUACCGCCCUGUGAAGAAAGCCACGCCCCACCCUUGACCCCUUCCGCCCUGGCGAGUGGAGCAGGGGCAGGCAGAUGUUAGUCUUCGCAGACCAAACAGUGAGAAGCUUUCAGUGAAGUGGAGAAAGAAGGGCCUCACCAUGUGGGACUUGGCCUUCUCGCAGCCUCAGGAGAGGGCAGAGGCUGACACUUAAAGCUGGAUGACCUGUGUCUUGAAGAAGUUGGCUUUCUUUACAUGGGAAAGAAUCAUGCCAAAAAAAAAAUUUUUUUUUUUUUUUUUUUUUUUAAAGAGAGAGAGAUACCUACAGUGGAAGGUGUAUCAUUGCCGAGACAUGUGUAAGAAGCUUUUGUCCCUGCUGGUCACGCAGGCAGCACCAUCGGCAACUUGGAAUGAACAAAGAGCCGUGCAUUAACUCUCUAUUUAAUGAAGUACACCAUUAUGCUCACCUACUUCCUGCUACUUGGACUUUCCUUCUCAUCUAUCACGAGGGAGUUUCCUCUCCUUCAGACAUGCUGCAGAAUCGUUUUGUAUGAAGUAUGGUCUGUGUCUCCCCAACCCCUCUGAACCACGAGCAUUGGGGGUGACUGCUGGAUCCGUCACCUCAGCAAACUGGAUCGCCUUGUGCCUUGUUGGAUUGCCAGAAUGUAGACAGAAAUGUACUGUUCUUUUUUUUUUUUUUAAAACAAUGUAAUUGCUACUUGAUAAGGACCGAACGUUAUUCUAGUUUCAUGUUUAAUUUGAAUUAAAUAUAUUCUGUGGUUUAUAUGAAAACUAUCAUUCUUGCAGGCAAAACUGUGGAUUGUGUGUGUGCAUGUUGUCAUUUGUCACUUGACUGCAGAGACCUGUGGAUGGGGGACUUCCCUGGCAGUCCAGUGGUUAGGAGUCUGCGCUUCCACUGUAGGAGGCGUGGGUUCCCUCCCUGGUCAGGGAAACUGAGAUCUCACAUGUCAAAAAAUUUUUUAAAUUAAAAAAAAAAAAAAAAAAAGACUUGUGGAUGGGACACCUGAAAGUCUUAACUGUGAACGUAUAAGUUUGAAAGGGUCAAGAGCAAGGUCGCAGCAGUGAGACCCGCCCCCGGGGACCCAGACUGGUUCUCUCUCAUCAAAUGUUCCAGGGGCUGGGCUCUUCCUUUGUCUUACCAGUCCUGAUUCUUUUUCUUGUCUGGAGACACUUGUCCAGAGACACUUAGACACUCGGAGGCCAGCUCUCAGUAUCUUAGCCCCACAGGCUCAGUGCAGGCAGCAGAGCCAUUCAUUACCUUCCAGGGAAAUCCCUCUUCUAGGGACCGGAAAGCACUUCUUUCCCAGGAUUGAAAUAACCUGGGAAGCGUGGAGGGGGGCCUGGAGCAAAGUGAGGCCGAUUGGCUGGACACAUAUUGUGUUGAUAGGCCCCCCCACCGUGGCCCAGAUUUGGCAUCAUCUCUUGGGACACCCGCUGCCAUGCUGGCUGCCCCAAGCGGCUCCAUUGAUGGAAUUGCUCACCAGGCACAUCCGUGACCUGACCCCUGCUCAGAAGCCACUGGACCUGCUUCCCCUAUUGUUGUUGUUCAGUCACUUAGUUGUGUCUGACUCUUUGCAACCCCAUGGACUACAGCACACCAGACUUCCCUGUCCUUCACUAUCUCCAGGAACUUGCUCAAACUCAUGUGCAUUGGAUCAGUGAUGGCCAUCCAACCAGUCUCAUCCUCUGUCACCCCCUUCUUCUCCUGCCUUCAGUCUUUCCCAAUAAGGUAGCUGUUCGCAUCAGGUGACCAAAGACUGGGGCUUCAGCUUCAGCAUCAGUCCUUCCAAUGAAUAUUCAGGACUGAUUUCCUUUAGGAUUGACCGGUUUGAUCUCCUUGCAGUCCAAGGGACUCUCAAGAGUCUUCUCCAGCACCACAGUUGUAUGAAUUGACUUAAAUUUAACUUGCAAAAGACAAUCACUUUUUUCUCUUAACUCAAAGUUUAACUCCCUACACUUUUAAAUUACAUUGAAAAUAUAUACCUGUAAACCUAUUUACCCCCUAUCUUAAAUUUGUGUUUACUGAAGGCUCACUCUUUCCUUCCUCAUACACCACCUCUGUUCUUUUUCUCUGCUCCCUCCCAUCCCUGUUGAGCACUAAAGCAAACCCUCUAGAGAAAGCAAAAGUCUCCGUGUAUUGAUACGUUGCUCCUAAGUGUUGACCCCUUCUCCAAGGAGCUCAGCAGUCCACAGUCAGUCAUCUCCGCAGACCUUGGAGACGCUUCUUUCAGGAUGCCUGAACUCACACUCUGGAGGCAGCUGGGAUGUGGUACUUGCCCAGGAGAUGGUGUGGGUACCUGGGGAGGAGGAAGGGCCAUGGCAAAUUCUCCCCAGAAUGUAUGCUGUGUUUUGUUAUUUGAGCAAAAUGAUUCUGAAAUACAGCAAACCCUACCCUCGUUACUUUAAGAGCAGUAUUCCCGUUUCACUCUUCUGUUGUUUAUAGCUAUCACCCUAAAGCAGCAGCUCCCAUUUAAAGAAAAGGGAAUCUUGCUUGCCCAUGUAUGUGUGUCAGUGGCCACUGUCCUUCUUCCUGAAUGGGCGAGUCAUGGUGUGGGACGUGGUGGCUCAGCUCCUAGUCAAAGCUGUCAUUGCAUCACCACGGGAGCACCUCCAAGGUGCCGCAGAGACAGGAUCAGCCCUGCGUGGGGGGGCGGGGGUUGCCACGUGGCCGGCACCUUGCCCAGGCACUACACAUGACGAGAGUCUUGUCACCAUACCCGCCAUCAGAGAGGUGGAGAGGUCCGUAAUCCAAACUCAUGUGGCCUUCCCUGACCAUCAAGGAAGGUGCUGGCAUCUGCCUUUCAGAGUGUUUCCUUCCCUUCUCCAUACAACUACUUAUGGCAGCGUCAGUCCUGGGUGCUCAGGCCUUCUGUUCCUGCUGCCCUGCCCACGGCAACACCAGGGCCAAGGACCUGGGCCUCUCACCACACACCCCUUGCAGGCAGCACCCAUCUGCCUGUUCGGGGUCUAGCUCUUUGGAGGCUGCAGGGGGUCAGGGUGUCCUCUCGUUGCCUUGAUUGUACUGGGUUCUACCCUGUGAAUUCCCUAGAGGUCAGAUGCAGGUGGGAUGACUGAGUCCCUGAACCUCUUUAAUACCCUGGUUCCCUUGGGGGCUCCAUGGAUGGACCCCUGUCCCCUUCUUGGAGCGUCAGCUUCCAGUACUGUCCUGAGCCCAGUGAAUCCUUAAAGAGCUCAUAUUUGCAGGACUUAAGACAAACGCUUUUUCUGGUUUCUCUACCUGUGGUCUAGUCCCACCAUUCUGCCACCUGCACCAUGAGCCUGAUGGUCUGUAACCACAUUUCAGAGCCCUAAGUAGCCUCUGACUCACAGUAUAGGGUCUUGCAUGAGACUGGACGGCACACCACUGACAGAUAUUUCUAGACCAAAGGCAUCCUCUUUGCUAAUAGCCUAGUGAUGGAGCUGAAGAUAAAAAAAGAUCUGCUGACAUGGUGAAGCCACUGGCUCUGAUGCAACCAAAAGGCAAAAAGUGGUUCAAACUGCCUGAGCUGCCAGCUUAGGGAAAAGGCAUGGAGUGGUGCAGAGUUGAGGCGCCUUCUCUGGCAUCACUUUUAGAGGUGUCUCUACAGUUGACUCUCCCAUCAACUCAUCUUCAUCGCUGAGGCCAUUCUGCAUUUCUUGCCCUGGUGCCCUCACAAUAAAUUCUCCCCCCACCCACCUUUUUUUAAAUUGCUUUUGCCUAAACUUUGUAGGGUUUGUCUCUCUUACUUGCAAGCAAAUGACCCCUACUUGAUACACUCUUCAAAAGAGAGUGUAUCACUACAUGCUAUAAUACAAUCAGAGAUGAUAUCUCAUCACCCCAGCCAACAGAGGCUGUCCUCUUCUGCUCACUCUCAGGCACAUAGCUGUACAGACCCCUGGCAACCCCACAGGCAAACUCUCCCCACAUCACCCCACCCUUCAUAUCCACACAGACAUCCAUAAAUGGUACACACUGUCAGUUAUCUUGCUGAGCAACAAAUGACCACAAACUUAGCAGCUUAGAACAAUGCGCAUUUAUUAUCUCAUCAUUUUUGUGGGUCAAAAGUCCAGGCAGAGCUUAGCUGGCCCCUCUGCCUGGGUCUCACAAGGCUGCAGUCAAGGGUCAAAUGGGUCUGGGGUCUCAUCUGGAGGUCCGACUUGGGAAGGACCCACUCCUAAGCUCCCUCGGGAUGUUGUCAGAAGUCAUGUGCUUGUAGGGCCACAAGGUCUGAGAGCCUGUGCUUCUUGCUGACCAUGAUCUAGGUGCUGCCUGCAGUUCCCGAUCAUAUGGCUUCCCCAGGGAGGCUGCUACUUCAAGUCAACAAGGAGACCCCUAGAGCGAGUCUGCUGGCAAGACAGUGUCUGCGUGCUGUAAUACAAUCACAGAUGACAUCUCAUCACUCCUGCCAUAUUGUGUUGGUUAGAAGCCAGUCACAGGCUCUGUCCACACUCAAGGGGAGGGGAUUACACAAGAGCAAGACACCAGGAGGUGGGGAUCAUUCAGGGUCACCUUGGGGUCUAUCCAUCACCCACGUCAAAACGUCAUCACAAAUGACCCAUCAAGAUGUACUUGAGCCAAAUAUAUUUUGAGAAGAACAAAAACAAAAAUUCAUCAGAGUUCUGUUUUUACCUUCUAUAUUUGUAUUUGAAUGCAGUUUUCAUACAUAUCAAUAAAUUAUAUUUGGAUGA